GUCGAAAAGCGGUCAUAUAAAUAAACAGGGAGCCUGCGAACGAUCAGCACUCGCUCGGCCUGUCACGGUCUUGGUCGGUUGGACUUGACGGACAGUCCGGAGUGACAUAGACGGCUGCUGCGGCGUUGCUCCCCGACUACCCCGCGCCCCUUUGGUGUCCUUCAACCAAAGAUGUCAUCGCCUACACAAGUGGUUUCAUGGAUGAAGAGCAGCUUAUCAAGAAACAUUUUGUUGAAUAUUUGAAUAUUUUGAUAAAAAGCGUUGGGCCAAAAUUGGUACCGUUCUUUAAAAGCGUAUCCGUAUAUUUUGUAUUACUUGCUGAACAGCCAUCUCUAUUAACGGCAUGUUUUAAAUGUUUACCGAUAAUAAGUCUUAUUAUUUUUGUUCUGUUGCACGGAAUUAGUUUAUCUAAAGAAUAUGCCUUCUCCAGGCGUAUAUUAACGGGAUUAGUGUUUAGUUGCAUAGGUGACGCACUAUUAGUGUGGCCUAAUUGCUUCACUGCAGGGAUGUGUAUGUUUGCUAUUGCGCAAAUUAUGUAUAUAUUUGCAUUUGGAUUCAAACCCCUUAAUUUAACACUUGGAGUAUUACUGUAUACAUCUUGUUCAAUUGUUAUAUAUGCUUUGAUGCCGGGAUUAAAUGGGAUUUUAGCAAUAGGAGUGCCAAUUUAUACAGUAUUACUUACCACUAUGGCAUGGAGAGCCAUAUCAAGAGUACAGUUCUUCGGGGAAUUGUGGACGUGGACUAAGUUAUGCAGUUGCAUUGGAAGUAUUUGCUUUGUCAUAUCUGACACUUUGCUCGGAUUUCAUUAUUUCCAUAGUCCAUUACCUUAUUCUCAGGUAUCCAUUAUGUUGACAUACUAUGCAGCACAAUUAGGUAUAGCAUUAAGUGCAGUAGAUUCUAAAAAUAAUAGUAAUAACAGAAUAUCUGCCAAUAAAGGCUGAAAUAUUUAUCCUUUAUCUGGAGAUGUAAAACUUAGGCAGAUGUAAAACAGGGAUGUUUCUCAACGUCUGCUUUAAACU